GCACUUAUCUCGCAAUGUCUCAUUGGUGUUCUGUUGCCCACAGAGAUGGGAAGGGGGAAAGGGUGGAGAUGGUGCACCUUCGCCACGUAGUUACCCACUACUUACUGUGGAAAGGAUUGUAGGAACAUUACGGGGAGAGCAAAGAGUAGUGUGAUUUGGUGAUGUUUUCUAAAUCUGAAGUAAAGUGCAUUUGCGCGUCUGCGUCUUUAUCAUUACAGAACUGUUGCCACCUUUUAAGCGUGUCAUCCAGCCUGAGGAACUUUGGCUGUACAAGAACCCCCAUGUGGAGAGUGAUCAUGUUCCUACUGGACCUAUGUUUGCAAUUUCCUUUUUCAGUCCUCUUCUGGUGAUCCUGGUUACCAAGCUUUUGAGAAAAGCAGACACAGCAGACACAAAGGAAGCUUGCUUGGCUGCCAGCCUUGCACUGGGAUUGAACGGAGUGUUUACCAACAGUGUGAAACUUCUGGUGGGGAGGCCCCGUCCAGAUUUCUUCUACCGUUGUUUUCCAGAUGGAAAGGCAACUCAUGAUCUGUUGUGCACCGGAGAUCCAUACACAGUUGUGGAAGGUCGGAAGAGUUUUCCUAGUGGGCAUUCAUCUUUUGCCUUUGCUGGACUGGGUUUUACUGCUCUCUACUUAGCAGGCAAGCUUCACUGCUUCACAGUUGGAGGACGUGGAAGAGGCUGGCGACUCUGUGCAUUUUUGUUGCCCUUACUUUUUGCAACAGUCAUUGCGUUAUCCCGUACUUGUGACUAUAAGCAUCACUGGCAAGAUGUCCUUGUGGGUUCAUUGCUAGGCCUUGUCUUUGCUGUUCUCUGUUACAGGCAGUAUUACCCUUCUUUGAAUAACCCAGAAUGCCACAGACCAUAUCGCUGCAAAGUCAAACUAUCUGAACCUCUGGAUGCAAAGUUUGGAAAUUCUGUCAACAGGAUGCAGGUAUAGGCAGAUUAAGACACCUUAAUGCAGAACUUUUUUAUAGACUGCCAGGUCAGCGGAUGGCAGUUUAUAGCAAAGCAUUCCAUUACUUGAAAUAUCCAUUUUUCUAGUUCCCCAGACUUUACAUUCUUGAACUGUUUGGGACCAUAAGCAGUAGUGUUUUGCUGCUGACAGAUACUGUAGCUGCAAUCUGCCAACCAUUCCACUGUGAUGUGUCUGUAGUACUGGGCAACAGAGAUUGUAUGGCAAGAUGGCAUCAUUAACUAUUCCCUCAGAAGCAGUAUGUUUUUCACUAUACUCCAAGCAAGUGUUCUUGGAAUAAGACAUCAGAAGGAUCAAAAACUCAAUUGCUAUUACUAGCACUGCUACGUAGCUGGAAUUAAAACUGCCCUACCCUGCUUCUGCUUUAGAAUAAAUUGAAGUCCUGUUUCAAGACGUUGUGGAACUGCUGUAAUGAAGGCUUAUAACACCUUGCUGAUGACAUUUAAAGGAUACAUUUUAAAUAGAUGUAACAGUGGAAGAGAAAUAAACUGUACAAAAUUA